ACCAUUACCAGAGGGAGAUAACCUUCCAGAAUAUCAUACUUAUUGUGGUAAAUAUGUUGUUAAUAAUACAAGAAGAGAACCAAUUGAUUUAUGUGGAAAACAAUUUAAUCAAGGAUCAUGUGGUUCAUGUUAUGCAGCUUCAACAGCAAAUUUAGGACAAUAUCUUUAUGCUAAUAUUUCAUAUUAUUAUAAUGACAAAGAUAUUAAUAAAACUGUUAAACCAUUAUUUACACCACAACGUUGGAUUGAUAAAGCAAUUCCAGGAGGAUCAAAUCUUCAAAUUAGUAAAAGAUGUUGUGGAGGAAAUGUAAUGAAUAUUCUUGAUGCAGAGCCAUCAUAUUCACUUGAAUCAGAUUAUCCAUAUAUUGAUGGUUCAGGAUCAACAAGUACAUCAUGUUCACCACGAGGAGAUCAAAAUCCAAAUGUUAAAAUUCAAAUGAGAAAUGAUCAUUAUCAUGUUUUUGCUGUUACAGGAACUCAUCAAGAAAAAGUUCAUACAUUAAAAAAGAUUAUUCAUCAUUAUGGACCUAUUUCAACUGCUAUUUACAGUACUAUAGAUCCUGCAUUUGGAAAUGUAGGAAGUGGAAUUUAUACAUUCCCAUCAUCAUGUACUGACAAUACUCAAACAGAUCAUCAAGUUAUAAUUGUUGGUUAUGGUAAAGAAGAUGGAAGAGAAUUCUUUAUUAUGAGAAAUUCAUGGUAUGAUGGUUGGGGAGAUGGAGAUAAUUAUUUAAAGAUAUCAACUGAUGUUUUAUGUGGAAUUGGUCAAAAAAUUGGUGAUUUUUAUAUUCCAUUAAAUUACAUUGUAUUUGCUGGUAAUUGUAAGUUAGAUAAAAAUUGUGAUUCAUGUGAUCAAAACACAUUAAAAUGUUCUGCUUGUAAAGCAAAUACUACUCUUGAUGCAAGAGGAAUGUGUGUUGGUGAAUGGGAAGAUCCAUAUGAUGGUGUUGAUGAUGGUUCAAUCUCACUUCUUUUGAAUAUGAAUAUUCUUCUCUUUAUUCUACUAUUCUUUAUGCUUUGA